AUGGUCAACAACGGGCUCUUCCGAAGCAAGGUCGCGCAGUCGACAUUCUCAAACAUGUGGUUUCCAGCAUGUUGCUUUCAUGGUGGUCGGCCGGUGCAACCGGAGAACAAGCUUGCCUCGGCCUCGGCAGUCAGCUUCGCCGACCUGGAUUUGGACCCCAACGAGUGCGGGAGCCAAGCCAAGGGAAGUAUGCGCACAGGCACACAGGACAUCAAGGCAGCCAGGCAGUCGCGGUUCAUUUUUGCGGUGGUGUUCUACGACGUGUACAUCGCCCUAAACACAGCGGGGGAGAAUCGGACCCGAGUCGGCAACCCCGUGCCUGUCCUGACGGCCCAGACAGACUUUCCGGUCGACACACAGCGGGAUACCUCCCUCUUCAUCUUAGUCUACGCUCGGUCCAGCUUCGUGGAGCAGUCCACGCCGGCCACGCAGGCCAUCUCGGACGAGGCGCGACUGGUUCCAACAAUUGGCUUCACGGACUACGACCUGGACCAGGCCGAGCUGGGAGGUAGUAUCGUUUGGACGCCGCCCAGUGACGUCACCCUCGUGUCGCACUAUGCGACCUACUUGACGGAUGAUCAAGGAAAUCGGUCGCAGGUGGGAAGCGAUGUUGCCAUCGGAGCGAGCACCGAGUUCGAUCUGCCUGCCGACUUUGCCCAGGAGUCCUGGACGAAAGUACAGGUCUACCUUCGCUCAACCCUCGCGGAGCAAACUACCCCUCAGAGCCUGGCCAUCAGUGACACUGUCGCUGAAAUUGCGGACAUCAACUUCACGGAUGAGGAUCUUGACAUAUCGGAGAUCGGCGGCGUGGUCAGCUGGUUGGAGCCAACUGUUGCAUCUGAAAUCCAGGAUUAUGUCCUCUACCUGGGCCAGGGCGGCAGUGGCGCCAGUCGCAGCUCUUUGGGGCUCGUGGCGAACAGCACUGCGAGCCUGACGCAGGUGGAGGUCUUGUUGCCCCAGAACACAGCGCUGCCUUUGGCCUUUGACCGCUUGCUCUUGUACGCCCGCUCCACGCUGGCAGAGCAGUCCACACCAGCAAGCCAGGGCAUCAGUGAUGCGUUGGUCACCAUGGAUGUGAACUUCACAGAUCAGGAUCUGGACGAAGGCGAGAUUGGUGGCACACUUUCCUGGGAGCUGAUUGCGGGCAGCGCUGCCUUGGUGACCCAGUUCAUCGCCUACAUGGCAGACUCAGAGGCUGGAGACAAUGUGCGCACUGUGCUGGGGACUGCAACGCCUACAUCUCGAUCUCUCGCACUUGCGCCUGAACUUUCGGCACAAAACUUCGCACACUUGCUCGUGUAUGCCAGAUCCAGCCUCUUCGAGCAGACGACGCCUGCCGCAACGGCCCUGGUCGAUGUCAACGCAAGUACUUCUUUUACAGACUUCGAUCUGGAUGCAGACCAGCUUGGUGGUGACAUCACGUGGACCGUACCGAGCUCUCUGGACGAGGUUGUGAGCUACGCAGUCUACCUCGCCGGCCCUGUUGCAGAGAACCGGUCGCAGCUCAACGGUCUCCUAAGUCCUUCCACGAGCUUGCUAGCGAUUCCGCCGGAUACAGACAGGCAGACCUACACGACUCUGGCAGUGUACACCCGGUCGGUCCUCGUGGAGCAAAGCACGCCGGACCUGGCUAUCCUCGACGAUUCCCAGUCUACUGUUCAGGACCUGAGUUUCCAGGACGAGGACUUCGACGCUGGAGAGUUGGCGGGUAACGUGACGUGGACAGCUCCAGUGGACGACCGCUACGUGUCGAGCUACCAGGUGUAUUUUGCGAACUUCUCAGAUGGCCGCGAACGUUCAGAGAUCGGUGCACCUCUCCCGACGGCACUUACAAGCAGGGAAAUCUUGCAGGACACAGCCUUGGAGAGCUUCCAAUUUGCUUUGGUUUACACCGCCUCUUCGCUUGCAGAGCAAACGACACCGGCGGCCACUGCAAUUAGCGACACCUCUUCUGCUGUUGAGGGCUUGCAGUUCACCGACCUGGACUUAGACUUCGAGGAGCUGGGUGGCGAGGUCUCUUGGACACUUCCACUGCUGCCCGUGUCUGUUGAUGUGCUGUUGUACUUGGCCCUCAACCGUGCCGGCUCUGGACGCUUUCUUGUGGGGCAAGUUCCUGGUGACGUCGUGAACUUCACCCUGCCUGCCGACACGCCGAAAGGGUCUUUCAACUACUUGGUCGUGUACACGAGGUCAGUGUCCUCCGAGCAGACCACACCGAGCUCUUUGCAAAUCAUUGACACCGAUUCGACGGCCGAGAACAUCAGUUUCAUAGACAAGGAUCUCGAAGCAGGCGAGAUCGGGGGCACCGUCUCGUGGGCCGAGCCGAUGGAGACAUCACAAGUUCAGGACUACCUGCUCUACCUGGGCCUGAAUGACACGAGGCAGAGGAGCUCACUCGGACUCACCGUCGCAGCAGCUAGUCCAGCUACCGUGCUGCAGGCCGACGUGCUCGAAGACACUUUUCUGGCUACAUUCGACCAAAUCUGGGUCUACGCGCGGUCUACCUUCGCAGAGCAGACCACCCCUGCAUUUCAGGUGCUGAGCGAUGCCAGCACAGUGCUGACUGUGAAUUUCACAGACGAGGACCUGGAUGAAGGAGAACUUGGAGGUAAGAUUUCCUUCGACGUUGUAUCUGGCGAUACAUCGCAGGUGGUGACAUUUUCCGCCUACGGUGCAGACUCUGAGGAUGGGCGUGGGUAUCGCUUUGCACUGGGCGCAGUCCAGCUGGGCACGUGGUCGCUUGACCUUUCUCCAGAAGUAUCAGUCCAAAACUUCUCACACCUGCUCCUGUAUGCUCGAUCCAGCCUGUUUGAGCAGACAACCCCUGCGAUCAUCGAGUUGACAGACGUCAAUGCUAGCGUUUCAGGCACGUCUUUCACCGAUCUCGACCUCGAUGCCGAAGAGCUCGGGGGCCGUGUCUCCUGGGCUUUGCCCUACAACUUGGCCCAGGUGGUCUACUACAACGUCUACGUCACGGACGCUUUGGGCACGAAUCGAUCGCAGAUCGACGGUCCGCUGCUGGCCACCGCUGACUCGAUCGUCAUGCCACCCAACACGCCACGCCAGCAGUACACGAGACUUGCUGUGUUCACACAGUCUGCGCUUGUCGAGCAGACCACGCCAGAUGCAGUGGAGGUCGAAGAUGUCUCCUCGUCCGUGGAGGAGCUUGCUUUCGUCGACGAGGAUCUGGAUGCUGACGAGCUUGGGGGCAAUGUCUCAUGGGCACCAGCGAACGACAGCCGGUAUGUGACAGGCUACAAGGUCUACCUCGCGAACUCGUCGCAGGGACAAGGACGCCAAGAGAUCGGCUUCCUGGAGUCGGCCACAGACACGGGUCUCGAAGUGCCGGACAACACGGCCUUGGAAGGAUUUCGCGCGUUGUUGGUGUACACCUUCUCCUCGCUCGCGGAGCAGACCACACCGGUCGCGCAGUCUCUGAGCGACGUCUCAGUGACAAUCCGCAAUGUGAGCUUCGUGGAUUUCGACUUGGAUCGCCAGGAACUGGGAGGUGAAAUCUUCUGGGCCCUCCCCACCAGCACCGUGCAGACAGAUGUGUCCGUGUACCUUGCCAUGUCUCCCAGUGGCUCCGGCCGUUCGCUGGUGGCCCAUGUGCCAGGAAGCACGGACACUAUGGCGCUCGCAGCAGACACACCCAAAGGUGCUUUCCACUUCGUGGCAGUGUACGCAAGGUCCCCCUUUGCUGAGCAGACGACGCCCUCAGUACUGCAGAUCACCGAUACCGAUUCCUCCGUGGGCAACCUCACUUUUGUGGACAAGGAUCUCGACCUGGAUGAGCUCGGUGGCAUCGUUUCCUGGGACGAGUCUGCAGACACUGCGCAAGUGCAGGACUACCUGGUCUUCCUGGCGUCAAACGCGAGCGGAGAUGACCGAAGUGCAAUUGGUUCGCCACUGCCGAGCACUGGGCCAGUCCUUACGCUGGAGGCACAGCUGCCGCCUAACACGGGCUUGAUGGCUUUCAAGCACGUGGCAGUCUAUGCGCGCUCCGCGUUGGCUGAGCAAAGUACCCCGGUUUUCGAGGAGCUCAGCGAUGCCUUCCUUACCUUGGCAGUGAAUUUCACCGAUCAGGACUUGGAUGAAGGAGACAUCGGAGGCACGCUUGCCUUUGAUCUUGCUUCGGGCGACAUUUCGCAGCUUCAACAUUUCGUCAUCCAUCUCGCGGAUGCAAAGGUGCCGCCAUUUCGGCGCUUCCACCUUGGCGACGCGAUGCCAGGUGCGACUAGCCUGACGGUGGCACCGGAACUGCCCGCAGAGAACUUUACACACUUCCUUGUGUACGGUCAGUCCAGCCUUUUCGAGCAAACAACUCCCUCUGUGGUGGAGCUGGUGGACAACAAUGCCAGCGUUUCUGGUACUGCUUUCACCGACUUGGACCUCGACGGGUACCAGCUCGGGGGGAGUGUGUCUUGGUCCCUGCCGGAAAACUUGAACGAGGUGGCGCACUACAACGUGUAUCUCUCUGAUGGCCUCGGCAUCAACCGCUCACAGAUCAACGGGGCGUUGGCGUUCACUGCAACAUCGGUGGAAAUCGCAGCAGAUACAGGGAAGCGCGACUACUCCAGAUUGGUCGUUUAUACCGCAUCUGCACUGGUCGAGCAGACGACACCGGAUUCCACGGACCUGGUUGACACAGAGUCGCGGAUCGAGGAUUUGACCUUCCUGGACGAGGACCUUGAUCUUGAGGAAGUUGGCGGAAACGCUUCCUGGAAUCCUGCAAACGACAGUCGCUAUGUUCUGGGCUACCAGGUGUACCUUGCCAAUCUAUCUGACGGUUCCCGGGGACGGCAAGCAGUGGGUGGCUUCUUACCCGUCGAGCUGACCUCCAUCCUUGUGCCCGUGAACCUGCCGCUGCAGAGCUUCCAGUACCUCCUGGUCUACACCCGCUCGUCGCUAGCGGAGCAGACCACCCCUGCAGCCCAAGGUUUCAAUGCCGUGACCUCGGUUCAAUCGGGUGUGCAUCGAACUUUCGGGGUGAAGCCACAGAACCACUUGCUUCGUGCUUGGCAUACUCCGGACAUUUUGCACGAGAGUCGUGUGCGUUCUGUGCAGGACACGUUUGCUCCGGUCUCGCAGCUCCAGUUCGUAGACAAGGCCAAUUGCAUCUUUCUGAACGAGCCUCAUUCGCUGCGUGGAUUGUCGAUCCUUGCCAUGAUGGCAUGGUUUAUUGUGGAGUUGUCGCCUCUCUGCACCACACUUCUCGCAGACGGUAGAAUGUGGGGGUUCCUCCAGUGGCAGCAAAGCCAGGACUUGGACGGGUCAGAAGUCGGUGGACAAGUGUCCUGGGAACCACCGGAGGCGAGGCGGACGAAGAGUGGCCAGCUCGACAGUUCCAGACCCUAG